GCUCCUCCUCGGAGUCCUCCUUCUCCUCUCCUGCCCCUGAGGGCGGAACGGACCCCAUCCCGUUCGCUCGUCCGUACGGCUCUGGAUCACCCUCCCACGCCCCGCUCCCUCACUCUGGGCCCGCGCCACCUUCCCUCAGGGUAGCUUUUGCAGUGUUUCUGAGCUGUGAACAGAAUUAAGUAUUCCAGUGAGCUUUUCUUCACCCUGCCGAACCAGGCAGCAACCUAUAUGCUUUCCCCAAGGCCCACAUUAUACCUUUGAUUGCUUCUUUCUGGCCGUUCUGAUUGAACGUUCUCAUAGCCUGAGGUUACCAGGCAAGCAGGCGUCUUGGGACCUGGGAGGAGGGGAAUGAACCGUGAGGGUGUCCCCGGGAAGAGUCCGGAGGAGAUGUAUAUUCAGCAGAAAGUGAGAGUCCUCCUUAUGCUUAGGAAGAUGGGGUCAAAUUUAACCGCCAGCGAAGAAGAGUUCUUGCGGACGUAUGCAGGGAUAGUGAAUAGCCAACUUAGCCAGCUUCCUCAGCAUUCUAUUGAUCAGGGUGCUGAGGAUGGGGUGAUGGCGUUUUCCAGAUCGGAGACGGAAGACAGAAGGCAGUAGCUGAAGGGCUGUCUGAGCACUAUAGAGCUGGCGCAGGGCAGACGAGGCUCUUGGAGAUCAAGGAAGAUGGCUGGACAUUCCUGAGUUCCUUUGCCCUCCCUUGACUCCCCCCACAUGGUAGCCCCUCCACCCUUCCAAUUCUUUCCCAUUUCCUGGCCUUCCUGAACAUCUCGCAGCCGUCUGCUCUGUAUUGGCGGUUCAGCUGGGCUGUGUUAAUCAAGGACAACUUUAGGAACACAUUUGUGAUUGGCUUUUUUUUUUUAAGUGGAUUCUGAUUGGCUCAAGGAAGAAAACAUGACCAGUGGAAGCACUCCUCUCCCCCACCCCUUGAUUUUUAAUUUUGUAUUUUUAAGAAUUGUUGUCAACAUGCUGCUUCUUCAAGCUCUGGUGCUUAUUUAGGUCAUGCUUGUGUGGGGUGUAUUUUUGAGAGAGGCUAGGCUGUGUGAAACUGGAAAUGGACUUGGACUGCCGUUGACAGAUGAGUGGCUUGCAGGUGUUUUGCUGACAUCAGUGUUUUUCCUUGCUAAAAUGCGGGGCAGUGGGGUGGGGGGACCGACCGAUUAGUUUAUUGCUUCACAUUUCUCGUCAUGGUGGGGGGAAGAUGUUUUGCCAUAUUUAUUACAUGCUUGCUUGCUUUUUUUUUAAAUUGGCUUAACUGUUGACUUCCUAUUGGCUGCAGAGUUGUCUGCCCGACUUCUUUUUCCACACCAGUCCGCUUCGUGGUCUCCAGCUGUUUGUGGAAUUGGUGCUUGAAACCCCUAUCCCUGGCAGGAAGAGAGGGUCAGAAAACCCUGCUGUUUGGGGUGGUCGAAAACACAGGGGUGUGUAUGUCUGCAUUUCACAGAGAGCGUUGCAAGGACCCCAAAUCUGUGAUGUGCAACGUGACGAGCUAGCCUUUAAUACAAUUAAUUCUUUGACCCAGGAUGUCCUACUUCAUCUUUAAUCCAUUAGCAGGCUUGCAGGAUGGCUGGGUGUGGGAGCCAUCUCCUCUAACUCCUCUAGCAUCGUCCUGCUGCUUGCAUUGAUUAGUGACGUGGAGGUGAUCUGACCCCUAGCCAGGCUUCCUUUUGGUUGGCUGCUGAUCCAUUUGGAGGCAGUGCAGUGAUGUUGAAAGGAUCCCGUCUCUGGGACUGCAGCUAUAACUGCUAGCUCACAGAUCAGUGGAGAAGGCCCUAGACCAGUUUGUUAUAUGCACUGACUCACCAGGAAGCUGCACUCUGAAUCUCCUGAUAUUCCAUGUGCUGCUGCCUGAAUCCAAGCAUUGCAGUUUCCGUUCUGUGCCGUGGAUUUCCACAGUACUCCCACAAAUUCACCUUGGUGGGUUGCACUGAUGCGGUAUGCUGGAGGGGAGAAAAUCGAAUAAAUCAAAUGCCUGUUUUUCCUGGGCCUAUGUGUCAGGAGGGUUCAGGUGCUAUUUCAGCCUGUGUGUGCAUGUGUGCGAGAAGAAAUGGGCACAACCAGUACAGUGGGAUGUGAGAGAAUUUACAAAAAAUGAGGGCGGAAUUACCCGGAAUUAAUAAACAUUGUCUACCUACAACGCUUGCCAUUUUGUCUCCAGAAAACAAUACUUGAGUUCCAGUUUGCAGCUCUGUAAAGUUCUCGGUGUGAAAAAGAAGCCUCUUGUUCGUUGGGGCUGGCGACGACACCCCUCUUUAAAUGCAACCAGCAAUAAAUGCAGUGCACCCUU